GAUAGGAGAGCUUGUCGCAGCAGAGCAAGUCUACGUGAGCUGUUGUUGGAUUGCGCCGAAUCACCUAAUAGGUAUCCUCUCCGAUACGUCAAGUUGUGUUUAAUUUAUAGUAUUUUUUGGAAGAAAUAUACGCAUGAAUAGUACGUAUGUUUAGCAGUUUACUGCGGCAACCACAGGAGGAGAUUAUAUUAAGGAGUCCCCUCAGGUACCAUGAGCGACUACAUCACACCGGUUUGUUUACUAUCGUCUUCUGAGAUGGACUCCUACUUGCUGUCGUCUUGAGGAUUCAAUUCAUUCAUAUUUGCUCACAGAGGGACAAUUUGGCAUGAUACAUCCUCCUCAAACCAACCUAGUCCCCUUCAACCUUCCUCGCUCCAUCUUCAGGUCACAAACUUCUCAACAACUUACCGAGCUCUCCUGAGUGUUUGGAGUUUGACAACCACUCCCGUCACGCACCCGUUGGCUGGCAUACUGGCAAUUUGAUGCGGCGGAUCGCCUACUGUAAGGUGGUCUUGUCCACCUCCUUAGUCUGGGUGCUGGUGGAUGUUUUCUUGCUGCUCUACUUCAGCGAGUGUAACAAAUGUGAUGACAAGAAGGAACGCUCGCUGCUUCCUGCUCUACGUGCUGUGAUAUCUCGUAACCGCAAGGGUCCGGGUGAGAUGGGCAAGGCGGUGAACAUCCCCAAGGAGGACCAUGAGAAAAUGAAGGAGCUCUUUGAGAUAAACCAGUUCAAUCUAAUGGCCAGCGAUAUGAUUGCACUCAACAGGAGUUUACCGGAUGUCAGGCUGGAUGGCUGUAAGACCAAGGUGUACCCUGACAACUUGCCCAACACAAGCAUCGUCAUCGUGUUCCACAACGAGGCAUGGAGCACGCUACUACGGACAGUCCACAGCGUCAUCACGCACUCUUCUAGGCACUUACUUGUGGAAAUUGUCCUGGUGGACGACUUCAGUGACAGAGACUAUUUAGGUAAAAAGUUGGAGGACUAUGUCCAGACUCUGGAGGUACCAGUAAAGAUCCUGAGGAUGCAGCACCGUUCUGGUCUCAUCCAAGCCAGAUUGAGAGGGGCAGCUGCCACGAGAGGUCAAGUCAUCACAUUCUUGGACGCCCAUUGUGAGUGUACGGUCGGGUGGUUGGAACCCCUGCUGGCCCGUAUCAAAGAGGACAGGACAGCAGUAGUGUGUCCCAUCAUUGAUGUCAUCAGUGACGAGACUUUCGAAUACAUGGCCGGCUCGGAUAUGGCCUAUGGGGGAUUUAACUGGAAGCUGAAUUUUCGCUGGUACCCUGUUCCCCAGCGGGAGAUGGAUCGACGCAAGGGUGACAGAACGCUUCCUGUCAGGACCCCCACCAUGGCAGGGGGGCUGUUCUCUAUAGACAAAUCCUACUUUGAAGAAAUAGGAAGGUAUGAUCCAGGAAUGGACAUCUGGGGUGGAGAGAACCUGGAGAUGUCUUUCAGAAUCUGGCAGUGUGGCGGCUCCUUGGAGAUUGUCACAUGUUCCCAUGUUGGUCAUGUUUUCCGGAAGGCGACUCCUUACAGUUUCCCCGGUGGAACGAGCCAAGUUAUAAACAAGAACAACAGGCGGCUGGCAGAAGUCUGGAUGGAUGAAUUCAAAGAUUUCUUUUACGUCAUAUCACCAGGAGUCAUGCGAGUGAACUAUGGCGACGUUUCUUCCCGAAAAGCCCUCCGUGAAGCCUUAAAGUGCAAGCCGUUCUCCUGGUAUCUGGAGAACAUCUACCCAGACUCGCAGAUCCCAAGAAGAUAUUACUCACUUGGUGAAAUCAGGAAUGUUGAGACCAACCAGUGUUUGGACAACAUGGGACGAAAGGAGAAUGACAAAGUCGGCUUUUUCAACUGCCAUGGCAUAGGUGGAAACCAGGUGUUCUCAUACACGGCGGACAAAGAAAUCCGGACAGAUGACCUCUGUUUGGACGUUUCCCACCUCAACGGGCCCGUCCUCAUGAUCAAGUGCCACCACAUGAAGGGCAAUCAGAUGUUUGAGUAUGACGCUGAGAGACUUACCUUGCUGCAUGUGAACACCAACCAAUGUUUGGACACGGCUUUGGAAGAGGACAAGAUGGUCCCCACCAAGAGGGGCUGCAACGGGAGCCGCUCCCAGCAGUGGCUGCUGCGCAACAUGACCCUAAGUGUCUGAUCCCCUGAUCCUGCUUCUUCAUUAGGUGGCUCCGAUCACCACAUCACGUCCACCAUCUUACAAAGAGAACCUUUUAGCACCUGGAUAUCGUGCACUGCGGACGCUUGUCCUUUUACAGCUCAUUUCAGGUUCAAGAGAAGAUGCCCUUCAGGCUACAUAAUGAUCUGCAGCACUGGCAAUUAAACGAUGUUCCUCACACUGUGCUGGCCAGCUGCGAGCUGUACAAACACUUUGCUACAAAGAUCACCCACUUCAUCAAAUGAGCAUCUUCAUUUGAAUCUAUGAGGUGAUGAGUUCACUGGUGUCUCGGUACCAUCCUCAAAAACUCAUCUCCCUUUCAUAUAAAGUGACUUACAGUUAAGUGACAGGGAUUUUAUUGAUAUUGAAGGCAGAUGUCAAUGUCAAUAUUUGACGAUUAAACAAAAUCUGCUAAUGAGAUAUCAGCUGAAGAAAAUGUUUAUUUAUUUUUUAAAUUCAAGACACAUAUUCGCGAGUCAGCAUUUGCGACUGGGCAGAUUCUUGCGGUCCUGGUCAGUCCUGUCACACCUUAAAUACUGUAUAGGGCUAAAACCUGAAUUGUGCUUCUAUGCAUUUAGCUUGUUAGCUUACUUCUGUAGCAAGCGUAAAAAUGCAAUUAAAGAAAGACAAAGAGGGUUCUGGUGCCGAAUUUAACCUAAUAAUUAUAACAAUCAACUUUUAUUGUGGAGCUGCACGGUGGUCGAGUGGUUAGUGCGCAGGUUACCUCACAGCUAGGAGACCAGGGUUCAAUUCCACCCUUGGGCAUUUCUGUGUGGCGUUUGCAUGUUCUCCCCGUGCAUGCGUGGGUUUUCUCCGGGUACUCCGGUUUCCUCCCACAUUCCAAAAACAUGCCUCACAUCUAGGAGACCCAAGUUCAAUUCCACCCUAGGGCAUCUCUGCAUGUUUUCUCCGGGUUUUCCGGUUUCCUCCCACAUUCCAAAAACAUGCUAGGUUAAUUAGCGACUCCAAAUUGUCCAUAGGUAUGAAUGUGAGUGUGAAUGGUUGUUUGUCUAUAUGUGCCCUGUGAUUGGCUGGCCACCAGUCCAGGGUGAACCCCGCCUCUAGCCGGAAGACAGCUGGGAUAGGCUCCAGCACGCCCACGACCCUAAUGAGGAUAAGCUGUAGAAAAUGAAUGAAUGAAUGAACUUUAAUAAUGGGGGCUGCACGGCGAACGAGUGGUUAGUGUGCAGGCCUCACAUCUAGGAGACCCAAGUUCGAUUCCACCCUUGGGCAUCUCUGCAUGUUUUCUCCGGUUUUCUCCGGGUACUCCGGUUUCCUCCCACAUUCCAAAAACAUGCUAGGUUAAUUAGCGACUCCAAAUUGUCCAUAGGUAUGAAUGUGAGUGUGAAUGGUUGUUUGUCUAUAUGUGCCCUGUGAUUGGCUGGCCACCAGUCCAGGGUGUACCCCCGCCUCUCGCCUAAAGACAGCUGGGAUAGGCUCCAGCACCCCCGCGACCCUUGUGAGGAUAAGUGGUAGGAAAUGAAUGAAUGAAAGAGUUCUCCUCCUAUUUUGUGUGGAAGUGGUAACUUUUUGGCUUCUUAUUUUGUCUUUCCCCACCUUUGGCCAUCUUUGUAUGGAGUUUGCAUGUUCCCCCCGUGCAUGUGUGGGUUUUCUCCGGGUACUCCAGUUUCCUCCCACAUUCCAAAAACAUGCUAGGUUAAUUGGCGACUCCAAAUUGUCCAUAGGUAUGAAUGUGAGUGUGAAUGGUGUACCCCGCCUCUCGCCCGAAGACAGCUGGGAUAGGCUCCAGCACCCCCACAACCCUCGUGAGGAUAAGCGGUAGAAAAUGAAUGAAUGAAUGAACUUUUAUUGUAAAUGUUGAUCCGAUGGGAACGUCAACGUUAAACUAGCAGGAGGGUUUUGAAUGAGUAGAAGCAAACUUUAUUAUAGUGUCAAAAAUCGAAUGUAACCCCCACAAAUAGGGACCUACUAAGUGUAUACAUAUUUUAUAUAAUUUUGGCUUUAAAGUAUGCCCUGCGAUUGGCUAGCGACCAGUCUAGGAAUGUACACUACCUCUCUCCCAAAGUCAACUGGGAUUGGAUUGCAACCAUAGUUAGGACCAGCAGUAUAGAAAAUGGAUGGAUGGAUGGUUUUAAAGUCCCUGGGUAAGUAUUUCCCAUAGCAACUGAUGACUGACAUAUAAAGCUAGUUGUUGCUAGGAGAUUCACUGUAAAAACCUUUUGGAACAUAUCGUGGAGCCGAGUCUUACAAGCGCCCCUGAAGACCAGACUUUAAUUAAAAAGUCAACAUUCUGUCAGCUACCCACAACCUUGAACAUUUGCAACAGCAAAGUAGCUGCCUGCCACUGGACUACCUGACUGCUUUUAAUUAUUUUGAGGGCCCCCCCGCCCACACAAAUGUAAUUAUUACACCUACAACGUCAGUCAUGAAGAUGAAAAAAAAAAAAAAACUUGAAAGGCAUGUCAGCCUGAUAAUAAUUUUGCAUACAAUAUAUAUUGGCAACAUGCUGAGAAAGAGAAACGGGCACGCCCCACACAACCCAGUUUGUGAAGCACAACUGGUACUGGUACUACAUUCAUUCAUUCACUCACAUUCAUAACUAUGGACAAUUUGGAGUCGCUAAUUAACCUAGCAUGUUUUUGGAAU